CGUAACAUCGCGUUUUCGGAAUUUUUCGCAAUUACACUACUUCUUCCUCAGGCUCAGUGGCGCGGGAAGUAAUGGAGCUUUUUGGACGCCGGUCGCAUGUCCAGCAUCUCACUAACCUAUAUUUUAGUAGAGCGUCGCUGGCGAGCGUCAGUUUGUUCCCGUCGCGACGCUAGCGUCCACGACGUCGUUUCCCGCUCUCAAAUCACCGCGUCCUCGUGUCGUCAAAGUCAGUACAUGCUUCCAAGAUCUUUAACAAAUCGCUAGGAAUCUGGAUCAUAUUUGGGUGUGAUAUUGCUGCUCAUCAAUGCAAAUGGUGAAUCAUGAGUUCUUCACCGAAAUCAUCUUUAGCGAAGCUUGGACUGUAUCCUAAGCCGAAGACUUUGAAGGUUAUGGUAUUGGGCCAAGCUGGGGUCGGAAAAUCGGCUUUGGUUGUGAGAUUUAUAACCAGAAGAUACAUUGGAGAGUAUGACCCAACGUUAGAGAAAAUCUACACUUUCCACACCGUUUUGGACGACGAGAUGGUAUCCUUCGAUAUUUUAGAUACAGCUGGACAGCCACAUGUAUGGGAUGUGUUCCGAGACGUGUGUAGUUUCUGGAGGGUCCACAGUAAGAAUCCCAGUAGACUAAAACGCAGCGUUAGCGAAAAAGAACCAAUUUCUCUCGACACAAUUAGACUGUUAAGCUCCGCAGCUGUCUCCCCGACUAGUAUGACCUCAUGUAACUACAAACCAGGUACCUCAGGUCUCCGUUGGACCGAAGAAGAACUAGAAGAAGAAACCGAAUCCUCCGAUGGUAAACAAGAGAGCAGUAGCGCUUCAAGUCCUGGAGUUGAAUCACCUCCAUUCAGAGAGCGCGCUUCAACAGACGGCCAUAUCCACAAACGACCUUGGAGGUGGCGAAACCCUCCUCCAGCAUCUAGUAGCUCAACCUCUUCAGCAGAUCAUCAGUUCUAUGGAACAGCCAAAGCUGAGAGAAGAAUGAGUAUAUCUAUGAGAGGAAGCAAUGCUAGCUGCUAGGUCUUUUGAUCCUCUGACAUUUGACCGCCGGACUUCAUUACCUCAACCUAUUCAGCACUGACCUCAACCUCAUCUACUAAUCUGUACCUGAAGGCAAACAAAAGAGUAUCAAUGGCUCAAGUCCUGGAGUUUAAUCUAUUCAGCACUGGUCUCAACCUCGUCUACUAGUCCGUACCUGAGAGCAAACAAAUGAGAAUCAAUGGCUCAAGUCCUGGAGUUGAAGCACAGCCAUUCAGAGGACGCGCCUCAACAGACAGCCAAAUUCACAAACAACCUUGGAGGUGGCGAAACCCUCCUCCAGCAUCUAGUAGCUCAACCUCUUCAGCAGAUCAUCAGUUCUAUGGAACAGCCAAAGCUGAGAGAAGAAUGAGUAUAUCUAUGAGAGGAAGCAAUGCUAGCUGCUAGGUCUUUUGAUCCUCUGACAUUUGACCGCCGGACUUAAUUACCUCAACCUAUUCAGCACUGACCUCAACCUCAUCUACUAAUCUGUACCUGAAGGCAAACAAAAGAGUAUCAAUGGCUCAAGUCUUGGAGUUUAAUCUAUUCAGCACUGGUCUCAACCUCGUCUACUAGUCCGUACCUGAAAGCAAAACAAGGAGUAUCAAUGCAUCAAGACCUGGAGUUGAAGCAGUUCCACUUAGAUCACGCCCUUUGGAGGUAUCAAUUUCCUCCUCCAAUUCUAGCUAAUAGAUUCAUAGCUUUUCUGGCCUCUGAGCUCCAGUACUCUGACAUUAAUCUCUUCUACUGGUCCGAGACCGAAAGCCAACAGGAAAGUAUCAAUUCAUUAAUCCCUGGAGUUGAAGCAACGCCUUGCAGGGAAUCGUCAUAUCCAUAAAAGACCUUGGAUAUGGCGGAAUACUCCUCUAUGGAACAGCUGAAACUGAGAGGAGAAUGAGUAUAUCCAUACGUAGAAGUAAUGUUGGGUUAAUAGCUAGUUCGAACUUAGGUUCAUCAAUGCUUUAAGUUCUAUGCACAAACUACCUCGGAGGUGAUGGUAUCCUCUUUCAAACUCCAGAGCCUCAACCUCUUCAUUUCUACGAUUGUAUUAUACCACUCAAAAACGUCUGUAAGACGUCUUAGUGGUGUGUAGUUUUCACAAGAGACUUUUUUAAUAAGUCAUAAUCGUUAGCGACAUAUGGACGGACUCUUGUCGCUGAAAACCCGGUAACCGUUUUGUUUCUAUAUCCCAAAAUGGGAUUUCUUGAACUGCCAGACAGAGAAAAAGUAUUUAAGAUGCUAUAAAUAAAACUUAAAUAUGGUAAAUGACAUUGAAAAUGCCGAAAAAUAUAUAUUGUUGCUAAACGUUAAUAACAUUUAGCAACAAUCUCAUUUACUACUGCAAGUUAAUUUAAAAUCAUUUUGCACAAUAGUUGCUAUUUCUUCCCAAUGUUAUUGCAGCUCCUGAUGAAGAUGGUAAAGUCCAUUGAAAGCUAGAGAUUAAUAAAGUAUAAAGAGUAUAUAUAUAUAAGAUGACGGGGUGGUGAUGUUUUGUGUAAGUGUCACAAGAGGCUUUCUUGAUAUAUACAUCACGUUCACGUCAGCGGUAUUUAGACGUAUUUUGAGCUUAAAAUGGACGUCUUUAUGACGUCUGGUGCUGUCGAAAUAGCCAUUACUCAGAUUAGUAAUUAAAAUAUAUCGAUCUGUAUCAUAUCUCUGCGUUGAAAGCCCGGUAUAGCUGUGUUAUUUUUAUACCUCAAAAUGAAAUUUCUUGAACUGCCAGAUAGAUGAAAAAUAUUUGAAUCGCUAUAAAUCAAACAUAAAUGUAUCUAAUAUAUGUAUAUGCAUAACAGUAUACGUAUAUGAUGAUUGUUGGAUAUCUAAGAAUUCUAUAAUAUACUGUAAACGUUUUGUCAACGGACCUGUUACACUCAGUAAACGAAGCUAAAUACAUAUAUUCGUAUUUUUGAAAUACUGUAAAAGCCUUUAUGUAUUUUCUUAAUUUUUGUACUUGUAUAUAUCUACAAUUCA